AUGGAGGAAAACAGUUCAUAUCUGACCCGUGAGUACAAUGACAGCACCACAGUUUGGGAACCGAUGCCCUCAGCUCCCAGCAGACAGCUGGGCACCCUUCCCAACCCGCAGACACGGUUCAAGGACCUAACAGGGAUAUUUUUCAUGGUGACCUUGAAUGUUCUGGCACUUCUAGCCAACACUGCUGUUCUGGUUGUUGUCAUAAAAGCCCCUCAUCUCAGGAAAUUUGUCUUUGUGUGCCACCUGUGUGCAGUGGACCUGCUGUGUGCCAUCUUGCUCAUGCCUCUUGGGAUUGUGUCCAGCUCUCCAUACUUUGCUGGUGUGGUGUUCACUGUACUGGAGUGCCAGGUCUAUGUCUUCCUUAAUGUAACCCUCAUAGCUGCCUCUAUCUUAACCAUCACAGCCAUCAGUGUGGAGCGUUACUACUACAUCGUCCACCCCAUGCGCUACGAGGUCAAGAUGACGCUGAAGCUGACUGCAGCCGUGAUAGUGAUGGUGUGGGUGGUCUCUGUCGUGCUGGGGCUAUCCACUGUGUUUGGGUGGCCGUCCUACAGCAGCCUGAGCUCCAUCAGUGCUGCACACUGCUCGCUGCAUUGGAGCCACAGUGACCACCGACGAGUCUUCUCUGUGCUCUUUAGUGUCACCUGUUUCUGCUUGCCUGCUGUUGUGAUUUUUGCUGUCUACUGUAAUGUUUACAAGGUUGCCCGUGUGGCUGCCCGUCAGCAUGGACCUCUGCCCUUAUGGACAAACAGUCAGCUGAAGCAUCGCUCUGACUCAAUAAACAGCCAGACUACAAUCAUCACAACUCGCAACGCCCCACGUAGGAUUAUGCGUGACCGGCCUUUUGGUGGCGGUAAAGCCGCUCUCACUCUGGUGGUUAUUGUUGGCCAGUUUCUGAUCUGCUGGCUGCCUUACUUUGCCUUCCACCUCCAUCUGACACUAGAUGCAACACCUACAAUUCCUGAUGACCUGGAGGAAGCCGUCACCUGGCUGGCAUAUUCCUCCUUUGCUAUUAACCCAUUCUUUUAUGGUCUUCUUAACCGGCAGAUCAGGGAGGAACUUUGUAAGCUGAGGCGCUGCUACUCAGCCCGGCCAGUAGAACUGGCUGUCUCUAGCCAUGACGGCUCAGGCCAUGAGAACUUCCUGCAGUUCCUCCAUAGGACCAGUUGCACAAUAGAGACACGUGCAAGCUUCGCCACAUCCAGUCCAAGGAGCACUCUGGAUCAAACUGGGCAGACUGGUUUCAGGAUACCAGGACAGAUCCCAGAGGAGUUUAGUUAGAUAUACCUCACUGUUGUGCCACAGUAUUUGUAGCCUGCAGGACUAUUACAGCUACAAGAUAAAAAGUGAUUCACAGAGGUUAACAGCACUUGACUGUCUGCAAUAUAUCCGUAAACUGUAUUUGCAUACAGGAAAAGCUAAGAUACAGCAUCAAGAAAUAAACACACAGUUUUUGUUUUUUAUCUUUACAUACUUUUAUUCUUUUAUUUUAGGAUUAAGAUUAUACUCAGA